GGAAACAACAGAGGUGGCGGCGGAGACCAGUGGCACAGCAGCACGCCUUGGGGUGGACGCGCGGUGCGAGGCGGUGCUGAGGCGAACACGGUGAACUGUACAGUCGCCCUUAAAAGUAUAUACCCACCAGCCUCCUUAAAAUGACGGAGAACUAGGGACAGUUAGCAAGGAUGGGCGCUGCUUCGUGUGAUUACCGCAUGUUUGGGGUAGUUUCCAUAUAUCCUUGAAGGUCCGGCGGGGUGGGAUUGACGUCAAGGUGAGUGCACGUCCCAAGGAAAUGCCUUGUCGUCCGACUGAGAGCCUUCAAGGCGCCUCCUCUCCCUCCAGGAGUGUUCCCGGCGCACUCUUUUUAUUGUGAUUGUGCUCUGUGACUGUGUGGGUGUUGUCCGCCCCGCCGCUAGCGCCCUAACACCCGUGCCCUGCGCCGCCCAGUGACUCGGUGGUGAUCGGUUCAGCCUUCCCCUCGUGGCGUGGCGGCCCCGCCCUGGCCAGCGUCAGACACACACGCCAGGUUCAGUGAACGCGCCGCGUCAGACGCGACACCCCGGACGUGAUCAUCGCGGCGCCUCGGGACGUGAUCGACGGCAGAUUAAAGAGCCCAUAAUGGUGGUCGCGGGAGGCCCCUGUGGCCGGGGAGGACAGACGCGCCCUGGGCAGUGCCGGUCUGGCCGCGCGCCCCGCCGGCCCCUCUGAGGAGGAGCAGCCCCAGACGGCUCGUCGCCCGGGCCCCGCCAUGCCCCGGCUGGCGGCGCUGUAGCCAGGAUGCCGCCGCGCCGGACACGUGCCCGCCUGCUGCCGCCGCUGCUGCUGCUGCUGCCGCUGCUGCUGCAGGUGGCGGGCGUGGGUCAGGGCCACGCCCCGCCGCCCACCAGCCUGCAGAGGUGGGAGGGGUCCCGCCCCCACGGCCCCGGCCUGCACGCCCCCAGCCGCCCCUCCGCCAAGACCCGGCGCUUCAGCUCCCGGGACCGCCGCAGACGGCCAGACCCGUGUCGCAGCGGCCGCCAGAGGUGUCACCGCCACGCCGUCUGCCGCACCUUCCGCCGCCACCACAGCUGCGCCUGCCGACAAGGGUGGGAGGGGACCGGCCGGAGCUGCAGAGACGUGGAUGAGUGCCGGGUUCACAAUGGCGGCUGCGUCCACGUCUGCACCAACACGCCGGGGAACUACACGUGCUCCUGCUACCCCGGCUUCCUGCCAGACCACCAGGACCCACACAACUGCCGGGACGUGGACGAGUGUGCCCUCAACAACGGCGGCUGCCAGCACGCCUGCCGCAACACCCUCGGCUCCUUCGCCUGCUCCUGUGCCGAGGGGUUCAUGCUGGCCUCGGACGGGCGGGCGUGUGUGGCGUCCUCGUCCUCAUGCGCCAAGCUAGCCUGUGGUCAUCACUGUGUUGACGUCCCUGCUGGCGAGACCGUCUGUGCCUGCCGCGAUGGUUACGUCCUGACCCGGGGACGGUCCUGCGAGCCCAGCUGUUUGGCGGGUAACGGGGGCUGUCAACACCACUGUCACGACUCCACCACCUCGCCGCCCACGUGUACCUGUCACGCCCACUACCUGCUGGCCGCCGACGCUCACUCCUGCACGCCCUCGUGCGCCAUCAGAAACGGAGGCUGUGACCGCCGCUGCCAAAACACAGACACGGGCGUCCUCUGCUCCUGUCCGCCCGGUUUCCUGCUGCACCACGACGGCCGCACGUGUCUGGACAUCGACGAGUGUGCUGAGGGCGGCGGCGGGGGCGGGGGCGGGGGCGGGGGAGGGGGUUGCCAGCACCUCUGCGUCAACAACUGGGGGAGCUUCGAGUGUGUGUGUCCCGCCGGCCAAAAGCUGCUGCCCGACGAGCGAUCCUGCCGCGACGUGGACGAGUGUGCCAUUAACGGGACCUGCGAGCACCUCUGUGUGAACUCCCCGGGGUCAUACGCUUGUUCCUGCCGCGAGGGGUACCAGCUCUUCGGCGGCGCCCACUGCGGAGACAUCAACGAGUGUGGCCAGAACAACGGCGGGUGUAGCCACGUCUGCGUCAACACGGAGGGCUCGUACCGCUGCCAGUGCCGCGAGGGUCACCGCCUGCACCCCAACGGACGGGACUGUCUCCGAAGCGACCACUGCACGCCGCUCAGAACCCCCCCGAAGGCUGAGGUGUCGUGUUAUCACCUGGAGGAGUUCGGCCACGAGGGGCGGUGCACGGUGAGGUGUCGCCCCGGGGCCUCCUUCACCUCGGGGCCCGGCGACUACUACGUGUUCACCUGCGGGCCCGACACUGACUACACCUGGCGAACCGAGGCUAAUGACACACACCUGGCUUGCUCGGAGCGUCAAGCAGGGCGCGGGUACAAGCGGGUGGUGCGUCUCAUGUUGACCGCGCGCCUUAAGGACCACGCCGCCCUCGACCACGUGCUGGGCGACCUCACGCGGCGACUCAGAGGCUGGACGCGGCCGUGCGGCGACAAGUGUCACCUCAGACUCACCUCGGGCAGGGUCACCAAGUCCAGGAGCCUCAGGAAGCGGCUCAAGGUGCCCCGCGACCAACAGCUGGUGCGCAUCAAGUUCGAGGUCUUGGCCUUCCCGCCAGGUGGGCGCCGCCAGUGUGGGCGGGUCUGCGCGCUGCGGGACGCGGGGCGCCUGCUGACCAAGGUGCUGCGGCCCCUCAGGAGGAGCGUGCAGCAGGACCGGGCGGGGACCAGGUCCUCGGGUCGCCGCCUCUACCGCCUGCUGGCCGCCACCUACAGGGCCGGGAAGAGACUCAAGACGGCCUGUCCUGAUGGCUUCGUCCACGUAACCGGCAAGUGUGUGGCGUGCAGCUCAGGCUCCCGCCACGACCUCCACGCGGACCGGUGCCAGCCGUGCCCCGCCGGGACCCACCAGCCGCUGGAGGCCGCCACCGAGUGCCUCGCUUGCCCCGCCCUGCCCGCCACGCCGCGCCCCCUGCAGAGGAAGGGCGCCAAGAGCCUCGCCGAGUGUGAUGACGCGUGUCCUGCCGGCUGGUGGAGCGCGGACGGCCACAGCCCCUGCCAGCGGUGCGCGGCGGGGACCUAUCAGCCGCAGCGGGGCCGCGUGCAGUGCUUCCCGUGCCCCGCCGGCCUUGCCUCCCCGCCCGGCGCCACGUCCCUCGAGCAGUGCCUGGCUGGCGGGUCGUCGUGCGGGCGGGGCCACUACUUCAACGUGAGCGCGGGGUCCUGCGAGGGCUGCCCCGCCGGCCACUACCAGAGCCAGCCCGCCGCCGCCUCCUGCCUGCAAUGCCCGGCGACCUCCACCACGGACUAUGCCGCCGCCACCUCCCUCGACCAGUGCAAGAGACACCGGUGCGGGGGUCACGUUGGUCAGCUCUCCGGAGUGUUCGAGACGCCCAACUUCCCCGGCCACUACCCAGACGGCGCGCGGUGUACCUGGGUUGUGAGGCCGAGCCGGGGGCGCCGCGUGCUGGUGGUGGUGCCCAGCGUGAGGCUCAGCCAUGACCAGUGCGGGGACUACCUCGUCAUGCGCAAGUCGAAGUCGCCGUACAGCACCGUGACCUUCGAGACCUGCUCCACGCUGGAUCGGCCCAUCGUCUUCGCCGCAAAGUCCCGCCGCCUGUGGGUCCACUUCCGCAGCGACGCCGCCCACUCCGACGCCGGCUUCAGGAUCUUCUUCGCCACCUACGACCGCGAGUACCACGGUCUGAUCAAGAACAUUAUCCGGGACGACAGACUCUACUCGAUCCACAGCCACGUACAGAUCCUGCAGGACGCCGAGCUUCUGCCGCGCCUGCUGGAGGUGGUCGCCGAGCCCAUCAAGUACUACGAAUACGCCAGCGAGAAGGAGAAGCUGUUCCCUUCCUCCUUCAUCAAGCUGCUCACCCCGAAGGUCCGGAGGUUCUUUUCACGAAGGCGGCGGCGGCGGCGAUGAGCAGGGAAGGCGCCAGGGGUGCAUGGCUGACCUUUCCGGUGCCCACACUGGCCAUGUCCCAAGGCCACAGGGGACACUGGUCGGGGCCUCGUGAGUGUUUGCCCGUUCAUGGCGCAGAAGCCUCGCCAGACUCUCACUAGGCUCAUAAAACUUUGCCUGGAAAUGCAAACACAACCUCUACGAAUAGAAAAAACGAAAAGAAAGAGAAAGAAAGAGACAUAAAGGAAAGAAACAAUUUAAAGAAUACCAUUAACUAAGUGUACGUUAGGCAAUAUAUAUAUAUAUAUAUAUAUAUAUAUAUAUAUAUAUAUAUAUAUAUAUAUAUAUAUAUAUAUAUAUAUAUAUAUAUUAUCACUAGAAUAAGAAUAAGCCAGUAACUGUGAUAACCCGGAAUCAACACUAUUAUAUGUACUUUGUUUUGGCAUCCUUAAAUAAAUUCGUGUAACCCUUGUCGGUGCAUCUGUGCUGAGAUAUAAACUCUAAUAUUCCUUUCCAGCCUCUGAGGCACCAGGCUGGAUCUCUUCAGGCCCCCUUCACAUUUUUGUUCACAUUUUUUUCCCAUGUAUUCACCCCGCAAGUUAUAUCCCCGUCCUCACAGGACCGUAAUUUCUGGGGGGCUAAGGGGGCUAUAUAGCCCCCCAAUGUUUUCUAUAUCAGCCUCAGAGUGCCCCUAAAAGUGCUUAUUUAAAGAAAAAAUUACCCCAUCCCGCCUGAUCGCCACCCGACCCACGACUCAUGAUGGUGUCCUCCCGCCCCUCCCCCUCCCCCCAGAUGUCAAAAUCACGGGCCAGUAGGCCAAGCAAUAUAAAGCAGGCUAAAUAACUUGCACUGCAUCAUCUCCUAUUCUCAUUAUGAAACUAAAACAAUGAUUUGAGAGCCCGAUUUUCUUUAUACUCACCCUAAGCGCCCCCACACACACACACAGUUAUCAGAGGCCCUCCGCAUUGAGCGUAGUACGUAAGCGUAUAGGAAGUAACGAGAGAGAGAGAGAGAGAGAGGAGAAUGUUUUAAGUAUACGACAAUUUUUUUUAUAAAGUAAGACACUGAAAGGAACAAUAAGAAUAGAGGAUAAACGUCUAAGGAGAAAGGAAAUAACACGAAAAGGCGGAGUCGGAGAGAUAAAGAAAACAUGGAAAGGAAAAAACGAUGAAAAAUAGAAGAUGAAAUUAAAGAUGAGAAGGAAACAAAACUGAAUGAGAAAAAGUGAGAAAAGGCAAAGAUAGAGAAAGGUAAAGAAAAGGUAAAGGGAGAAAGAGAAAGCAAAUUAAGGAAGGGAGGGACAUGCCAAAGAAGAUAACAAACAAGAAUAAGAAAAAAAAGCAAGCAAAAAAAAAGGACAAACAUUAAGUAAACAAAGUAAACAAAAACAAGAAAAACAACGAAAAGAGAAGAUGAGAAACACGACAAACAAAAACGAGAAAAGAAGAAAACAAAAAUAUACAGAAAAGGAAGAAGAAAUGGAAUUGAAGGAGGCAAUAAUGAACAAGAAAACAAGAAAAAAAAAGAUGAAAUGGAGCUGAAGGGGGUAAUAAUAAACAAGAAAACAAGAAAAAAAAGAUGAAAUGGAACUGAAGGGGGUAAUUAUAAACAAGAAAACAAGAAAAAAAAGAUGAAAUGGAGCUGAAGGAGGUAAUAAAUAAACAAGAAAACAAGAAAAAAAAGAUGAAAUGGAACUGAAGGGGGUAAUAAUAAACAAGAAAACAAGAAAAAAAAGAUGAAAUGGAGCUGAAGGGGCAAU